UGAUUGAGCAGCUCCCAAUGGACCUGCGGGACCGCUUCACCGAGAUGCGGGAGAUGGAUCUGCAGGUGCAGAAUGCAAUGGAUCAACUAGAACAAAGAGUCAGUGAAUUCUUUAUGAAUGCAAAGAAAAAUAAACCUGAAUGGAGAGAAGAACAAAUGGCAUCCAUCAAAAAAGACUACUAUAAAGCUUUGGAAGAUGCAGAUGAGAAGGUCCAGUUGGCAAACCAGAUAUAUGACUUGGUAGAUCGACACUUGAGAAAGCUGGAUCAGGAACUGGCUAAGUUUAAAAUGGAGCUGGAAGCUGAUAAUGCUGGAAUUACAGAAAUAUUAGAGAGGCGAUCUUUGGAAUUAGACACUCCUUCACAGCCAGUGAACAAUCACCAUGCUCACUCACAUACUCCAGUGGAAAAAAGGAAAUAUAAUCCAACCUCUCACCAUACAACCACAGAUCAUAUUACUGAAAAGAAAUUUAAAUCUGAAGCUCUUCUAUCUACCCUUACAUCAGAUGCUUCUAAAGAAAAUACACUAGGUUGUCGAAAUAAUAAUUCCACAGCCUCUUCCAACAAUGCUUACAAUGUGAAUUCCUCCCAACCUCUAGCAUCCUACAACAUUGGCUCAUUAUCAUCGGGAACUGGUGCAGGGGCAAUUACCAUGGCAGCAGCUCAAGCAGUUCAAGCUACAGCUCAGAUGAAAGAAGGGCGAAGAACGUCAAGUUUAAAAGCCAGUUAUGAAGCAUUUAAGAAUAAUGACUUUCAGCUGGGAAAAGAAUUUUCAAUGCCCAGGGAAGCAGCCGGCUAUUCAUCAUCUUCAGCUCUCAUGACAACAUUAACACAGAAUGCCAGUUCAUCAGCAGCCGACUCACGGAGUGGUCGAAAGAGCAAAAAUAACAACAAGUCUUCAAGCCAGCAGUCAUCAUCUUCCUCCUCAUCUUCAUCCUUAUCAUCCUGUUCUUCAUCAUCAACAGUUGUACAAGAAAUCUCUCAACAAACAACAGUAGUUCCAGAAUCUGACUCAAACAGUCAGGUUGAUUGGACUUACGACCCAAAUGAACCUCGGUAUUGCAUUUGUAAUCAGGUAUCUUAUGGAGAGAUGGUGGGAUGUGAUAACCAAGAUUGCCCUAUAGAAUGGUUUCAUUAUGGUUGUGUUGGGCUGACAGAAGCACCCAAAGGAAAAUGGUACUGUCCUCAGUGCACCGCUGCCAUGAAGAGAAGAGGCAGCAGGCACAAAUAAGGGGCCACUUGGUGUGAGGAAGAAGACUUUAGCUAAAUGUUUUAUAUAGGACUUCACAAAGAAGAAAAAAGGCAGAAACACCGCAGUUCCAGGCAACCACUUAAAGGAUUUACAUAGACAAUCCUAUAAGAUCUUGAACUUGAAUUUUAUGGGUUGUAUUUUAAUAAUGUAAGUAAAUUAUUUAUGCACUUCUGGCGUGCUAUGAAUAUUAUUCCAGUUAGCCUUGGAUUAUUUCAGUGGCCAACAUAUGCAGACAUUUGUAUUCCUCAACCAUUUUCUCAAAGUAACGGGCAUUCUCUAAUUUAGACUUCGAAGAAUUCCAACGAUGAAGAUUUUAAGAAAAGUAUUUUAUAUUCAACAGGUAUAUUCUGCUGCAUGUACUGUACUCCAGAGCUGUUAUGUAACACUGUAUAUAAAUGGUUGCAAAAACAAAACAAAACAAAGUCAGUGCUUCUAAAAAGAAUUUAAGAUAAUGGUUUUUAAAAUACCUUUAUAAUAAGCUUCGUUUCUUUGUGAAACUAAUUCAGCAGGCUGAAGGAAAUGGUUCAUGUGAUUAAAGUGGGCUGGUGUCCUCUAGAGUACCUGGGUACAUAAACAGAAACUCCUGUAGGUCAAAACUGAUUCGUGCCAUUAGUCUUUAUAUGUUUCUGCAUCCACAUAAGAGUGCAGUUCAUGAGGGUGGGGGCGGGGCAGAGGGGAAAGGGUGUUAAAGUGAUACAUUUUUAUACCAAAUGUGUUUAUUUUUUUGUGCAAGUAAUCCUUCAAAUUGGAAUUGUAUUAGGUGUUAAAAUAAAGUUUUUAAAAAAUUA